UAUUCAGCAAGGUAAAUACAUGUCCUUGAUCAGAUGUGCAUCCCUACAUGCCCAUGGAAGUGUGAAUUUCAAAAUUUGUGUUCUAGAGUCACAGCACUCAUGGGGAUGCUGCAGUGAAAUGCCGGAUAGCAAUCAAAUGCAGAGUCCAAUCUGGGUAAAAAAGUAGAAUUGCAUUUAUUGUUACAAAAGCAAAAUGCGGUUAAUGAGUGUGAUUAAAAUGAAAGGUGCCUGAGACCUUUCUCAUCAUGCAGCUAUAGGGAUAGGAUGCAUGGUCUGUACCCCCCUGAGCACAGGCACCAUCUUUGAUUUAAACCAUGUAUUUUGUAAUCUAGACGUAUAUUUUGCCUUGAAUCAAGUCUGCAGCUUUAUGUAAGUAAACAAUCAUUUUAUAUUGUUACAUUACAGACUUCUGUGUUGCUAUUUUAUUUAUAGAGGGAUAAAUAAAGGGGAAGAUCCAGUCCCCAAAGGCAUCCUGGAUAAAUAUUAGAAAGCUGCACAGCUUUGUCCCAAGUGUCCAUGUUAAUGCUGCAAAGGGUGGUGUGUGUGUGUGUGUGUGUGUAUGUAACACAUGAAGCCAUUGACUCCACCUCACCCCCUUAGUCAUAAGGUGGUGAGGAUGGUUACCUUUUUUGCCUUCAAAAUGUAAACACUUUCCCACUUCCUCUUUCAGCUCUAUGUGCUUUUCAAGGUUCAGAUUAAUUCUAAUGAGUCUCAUUUUUACCCAGACCCCUUGGGCAGUGAGGUUUGCAUGCAUUCUCUCUCUCUCUCUUUCUCUUUCUCUUUCUCUCUAACUCUUAUGAGAGGGCUCUGAUCUGGGGAGGGUGGAAAUAAGUGAUUGGGGUGGGGGAGUCACACCCACAGCAUUUAUUCAAUAUAACAAAUUUGCCAUGGACCUAGAAAGGUUGAUAACCCUUGAGUUACUUCAUGGAGGGGAUAUGUCAGUCAGGGAUGGUUAAAAAUGGCAGAUAGAAACCAAACAACAGUGUCCACUGGUGAUGCUAUGUCUCUAGAACUCUGGGAACACACCAAAGAAAAUGGAUUCCAUCAGCACUCCGUGUUCAACAUGCACAAGGAAUCUGAUGGGCUACUGACAAAGGUGAAAUACUGAAAGGAUCAUUGGUUUUGCUGAGAAGAGGUGAGACUGGUGGGUGGUUCGUCUUCAUGUACUGGCAGGGUCGAGUUGCUUCAUAACCAAAGAUGGGGAACAGUGUGUGACAAUGGAUGGGACUUAGCUGAUGCCCAUGUUGUGUGCCGCGAAGUGGGUUGUGGAGCUGCUCUAAAAGCAACACUUGCAGCUAAAUUUGGACAGGGAUCUGGCCCCAUCUGGAUGGAUCAAGUGAAUUGUACAGGGGAUGAAGACAGUCUAAGGAAAUGUCCGCCAAAAACGUUGACAGAACACACCUGUGCCCAUAGCAAGGAUGCUGGUGUGGAGUGUGAAGAACCCCCUGAGCUCAGAUUAAUGAAUGGCCCCAAUCACUGUUCUGGGAGAGUUGAGAUCCUGCACGAUAAACUCUGGGGGACCAUAUGUGAUGACGAAUGGGACUUUGAUGACGCUGCGGUCGUGUGUAGUUAUCUCGGCUGUGGAACUCCUAUAUCAGCCCCACGAGGUUCUCGUUUUGGAGCAGGAACUGGUCCCAUCUGGCUGGAUGGUGUUAACUGUACAGGGUCAGAGACUGCCAUCAGCAAAUGCCAAGCAAAAGACUGGGGAGUACAUGAUUGCACCCAUACAGAAGAUGCCGGUGUUGUAUGCGCAGAGCUCCGCCUAGUAGAUGGCACAAGUCGCUGCUCAGGGCGGGUCGAGGUGUAUCACAACAAGCAGUGGGGAACAAUUUGUGGUUCUGAUUGGGAUAUGAAUGAUGCCCACGUCGUGUGCAGGGAACUGGACUGUGGACAACCUGUAACGGUGUCAGGCAGCGCACAGUUUGGCCAGGGAUCUGGUACCAUCUGGCUAGACAGAGUUAACUGCACAGGAAAAGAAGCAGCUCUGAGUGAAUGCCAAAAAAGACCCUGGGGAGAGCAUACCUGCGACCACAGAAGGGAUGCAAGUGUGGAGUGCUCAGACCCCAAUGAGAUCAGACUGGUGAAUGGUACAAGUCGCUGUGCUGGGAGAGUUGAGGUGCUCCACAACCAGCAGUGGGGGACAGUGUGUGAUGAUGGCUGGGAUCUGAACAGUGCCCAAGUUGUGUGCAAGGAACUUGGCUGUGGAGUAGCCUUGGGGGCUCCCCGGGGAGCUCAGUUUGGAAGAGGUGAAGGCAACAUCUGGCUGGAUGAUGUCAAAUGUAAAGGGACAGAAGCUGCCCUCAGAGACUGCCGCCUCAAAGCCUGGGGAGAACAUAAUUGCAACCAUGGAGAAGAUGCUGGUGCUGUGUGCUCAGAACUCAGGCUGGUGAAUGGCUCAAGUCGUUGCUCAGGAAGAGUGGAGAUCUUCCACGACCAUCAGUGGGGCACUGUGUGUGAUGAUCGCUGGGGCCUUAAGCAGGCUGAGGUCAUCUGCAAAGAGUUGGGCUGUGGCGUCGCUUUGAAAGCUCGUACAAAAGCUGCAUUUGGACGGGGAACAGGGCCCAUCUGGUUGGAUGAUGUGAACUGUCAAGGAACAGAAACAGCCCUCAGUCAGUGCCCAGCAAGCCCUUGGGGGAUCAAUAACUGCAAUCAUGGAGAAGAUGCUGGUGUUGAGUGUGCAGAUCCGGUGGAGAUGAGGCUGGUCAAUGGCAGUCAUCGGUGUUCUGGGAGGGUGGAAGUGUUUCAUCUCAACCAAUAUGGAACUGUGUGCGAUGACAGCUGGGACCUAAAUGAAGCCGUCGUUGUGUGUAGGUACCUUGAUUGUGGAUCAGCCAUAGCUGCCCCCCGUGGAGCUCAAUUUGGGCGAGGAGUCGAUCCCAUCUGGUUGGAUGAUGUCGAAUGUACAGGAACAGAAACUUCUCUCACUGCUUGCAAGGCCAAGCCUUUGGGAACCAAUGACUGUAACCACGGAGAAGAUGCUGGUGUUGUAUGUUCAGAUGAUCUCAGACUAGUAAAUGGUACAAAUCGCUGCAGUGGGAGAGUCGAGUUCCGGCCACCCCACAGUGAUCAGUGGGGAACCGUUUGUGACCGUACAUGGGAUUUGCAAGAUGCUGAAGUCAUCUGCAGGCAACUGGGCUGUGGAAAGGCUUCAGCAGCCCCAGGCGGAGCUCAUUUCGGACGUGGAUCAGGAUCCAUCUGGUUGGAUAAUGUGAACUGUAAAGGCACAGAAAGUGCCAUCCAAGAGUGCAGCACAAAUACCCAGGGGAACAAUAACUGUAAUCAUGACCAAGACGCAGGAGUUGUUUGUUCAGAGUCAUCCACCAUCAAUGUGGUUAACAUCAGACUAGAAGAUGGCCCAAACUCCUGUUCUGGGAGAGUUGAAGUCAUGCACCAGCAGCAGUGGGGAACUGUGUGUGAUGACGGGUGGGGCCUUCCGGAUGCCAGCGUUGUGUGUAAGCAGCUGGGAUGCGGCAUUGCUUUGGAAGCCCUACACGGGGCACACUUUGGACGAGGCCCUGGCCCUGUCUGGCUGGAUGAUGUGAACUGUACAGGCACGGAAACAUCCCUGAGAGACUGCCGGGGACGUUCUGUAGGAGAACAUGACUGCGAUCACUCGGAGGAUGCUAGCGUGGUGUGCUCAGGCCCUAUGCAAGUGCGAUUGGCUAAUGGCCCCCAUUCCUGUGAAGGGCGAGUGGAACUGAAUCAAAAUGGCACUUGGGUCUCUGUUGGUGACUCUGGAUGGGGUCUUAAAGAAGCCAAGGUGAUAUGCCGGCAACUGGGUUGUGGUGAAGCAUUGUCGGCACCGACGGGAAACCAAUAUGGCAACGGUGUUGGCCCAGCCUUUCUGAAUGAAGUGCAAUGUACUGGAGAAGAAACAUUAGUCACUGAAUGCUAUGCCGCCCCCACAGGCCCCCAUAAGUGCAUCUGUAACUCCUACGCUGGAGCAGUGUGCAAGGGACAUGCAGCCUCUUCUACAGCCGUUGCAGUGAUCCUGAGUCUCUUGGCUGCUGCUCUGCUCAUAGGUGCUGCUGCUCUGCUCUACCUGAGGAAAAGGAGAGGGAAAUCAAUUUGGGUUAACCCUUUAGCUGGGAGAGGAGAAGCAUUUAUGGAAAACAUCACUGUUGGAUCGGAUAUGGUCAAUGGCAUUCGAGAGAUGUAUACCCGGGGAAGAGAGCAAAUUGCAUCUGAAGGUGACUCUGAUGGUGACACCAUCCACCUGGUGAAAAAUACUUCUGACUCAGCCACAGACGACGCGAACUGAGAGACAGAGAGCAGGCAAUGGUUCAGAUGCUUGUGAGAGAUAAGUUUCAUUCUGGAAGAUUGGUUCUUCCUUCUGCCAUCCCCUUGCAGAAAGACAUACACUUUCCACCAGCUCUUGUGCCAUCACCACAAAUGUUCAGAGACUUGGUGUGUUUUGCUGUGUUCCCUAGGAAUAUUCAGAUAUCCUGAUUUCUGGGAGUAAGGGACAUUAGGAAGGGACAGAAGACAACAAACUAGAAGACCUUAGAAAUAUCAAUGGUGCCAAAGCUGGGUGGGGUGGGGUGGGGAGGUUGUAGAAAGUUUGUUUCAAAACUUUGCCUUUCUUGUCAUUAACCUUGCUGUAACCAUUAUAGCACAUACCGAUCGCAUAGUAAAUAGUAAGACCCAGGAACUGUGCCUUCUGCUGCUAUUCCAACGCAUUUGCAAGAAUUGUUUCAGUACAAUUUUCCUAUUGGGAAAGGGGUCAGAUUCUGACAAGUGUCUCUACAACAUGAAAAGUGAGGUGAUACAGUCCUUGCAUGAGGACUGUACCACUUUGUUGAUCAUACGCCUUAAUUGCCAUUUCCUCCCACCAUCCAAGUGCUAACCAGAACCAACCCUGCUUAGCUUCCGUGUUUUUAUGGGGCAGCACAGCCUCAAUUUCCUUGCUUUAAUCUAACCCAUAGUAAAUUGGCCAGUUGUUCAAUGAGGAAAACUGUUCAGUUGCAUGUGCUGUUCCAGAUGAGUUGAAUUAUGGAUUUGCCUGUUUAUUAAACAUUGAUACUAGACUAAAAAGUUUGUCUUGUAGCAUGACCCUAAGCACGUCUACUCAGAAGUAAACUGCAAUCAACACAAGUAGGAUUGCCGCCUUAACAGGGAAAAGCAAAAAUGGGACAAUCCCAAUUCUCAAGAACCCAGGACGGUUGUGAACAUAAUCAUUCUUCCAGCUAUACCAAGAAGAGGAGCAACAAUUGUGCUCCUAUAUUGCAAUUAAUGUUGACCACUGUAGACUGUGUUCAGACACUGUUUCAGCAGUGAUCAUCUAACCAGGGAAUGCAGGGAGCAAAGCAUGUAGCAAUUAAGUUUUUCAAUGUUAAAGAUUAUAUAAAACGUAUAUUGUCAAUUCGCAAAUUAUCCACCCACAAGAAAAUCAACUAGCGGAUUAGUAGUUAUGUUUAGAAAUUCACUAAAUGGUUGGAAAUCGAAAAAGCAAGGUUUUGUUGCCACAUCGCCUUGUGAGGCAGAAUUUUCUGCAUUAUCAGAAGCGUGUAACAAAGUCACAUGGUACAUCCAGGUAUUACAUGAUUUGGGAUAUAAAGUAAGACAGCCUGUGACAAUCUAUGAGGAUAAUCAAGCUUGUAUCGCAAUCGCUAAUUCAGGGUAUGAGCUUUCGUGUGCAUGCACACACUUCUUCAGAACACGGCUACCUACCUGUAACUAGAUCUAUAGGACACACUUAUUCAUUCAUAAUCGGUUUGCAUAAUCGGUUUACAUAGUCAUCCCCACUCCUGGUUUAAUAUACCUUGUCAUAAACCAGAGGGGUGCUUGUGUGUUUCUUGUUUUCUCUCCAGCUGAACUUUCUGUCUCUCCCCAUUGCAGAUGCCACCACACAGAAUCCCCAGCCUUCUUACUGGAAUUCAGAUUGCCUCCAUAUAUGUAUUUAUAUUUCAAUCCAAGGGAGUAGGUUAGAGGAGGAGAAGCAGCAGAAGCAGGAAAGUGCCUGGGCAAACACCAAUUCCCCCUUCCCUGUUUACUGUGCCUCUCUAGGGGUCACCUUUCCUUCUCCCUUGUUUUUUUAACCCUUGGAGUUGCUCGGCUCUGGAGACAAAGCAAGGUGUGGCAGGGUCGCCAAGAGCUGCUUGGCCUGGCCAACUUUUUUUGACAGAGGCAUGAAGCGGCAACAACAGGCAGAAAUGCAACUGGUGCAGCGCAACAAAUGCAGAGUUGUGGCAAGGGAGGCUGAGUGUGGCUACUCUCCCCAUACUUCCUAGGGAUAUUUAUGAAUCAAGUGAGUUCAAAUCCACGUUGGUGAAUAUUAGCACAGAACAGGGAGGGAUUCCGGAUUAGCUGAUGCAGAGUUUGCAUAUACAGUGGUACCUCUACUUACGAAUAACUCUACUUACGAAUGUUUCUACUUACGAAUGGAGCUCCGUCCGCCAUCUUGGAUGCGGUUUAGAUAGGAUUUUUUCUACUUAUGAAUUUUUAGAUAGGGUUGCUUCUACUUACGAUUUUUUUCUCCCAAUACAUUCCUAUGGGAUUCAACUUACAAAUUUUUUCGACUUACAAAUGUGUGUUCGGAACGCAUUAAAUUUGUAAGUAGAGAUACCACUGUAUGAUGUAGCACGUGGGUGAGGCUAAUACAUAAUCAGAGACUUCCCAUAACACAACUUUUCUUUUUUAAUAACUACACAGAAUUCUCUCUGGAAUCAUUGGUGCCGAGGGUAGUUCAUUCUGCAUUCAUAAAACCAGUGCUUUCUUUCCUUAAAAAAAAUGUUUAGGGGUAUUCUAAUUUUGACUGAAGAAAAUCACCAUUUUAUACUUCAAAUCGGGAAGAAUAAAUACAGUAAAUUGGACAAAAGUAGAUUCACAAAAUGUUUAGGGGUAUGUGUACACCCCCCCCCCCAAGAAAAAAGCACUUUGCAAUACAGUAAUUAAACUGACCAAAUCACUGUUUCACACAUAAACAUUAUUAGGCAAGAAUGGGUGGUUGGGAGGGCAGGAGAAUUUUUUCCCACCUAUUAUCAGAUGAUCAAGAUUACCUUUUAAAAGAAACAAAAAACUAUUGAAAAGCUAGCGGAGCAAUAGCAUGCAGCAACCAGCAGGUGGCAGCCAUCAUUUUCAGUCCUAGAUCCUCCUUAAAUAAAAUGGGAGUUGGGGUGAAAUGCUAUUUUAAGCAACCACAUCUCCUUUCUAUCUGUCCCAAGGCACAGCACCCUGCCCAGGAAGUAUUGACACCUCCCAGUAUCCCAGGGAUUCAGUAUUCUCUCAGUGCCUGCAAGGAAGGAUCAUAAGAAAGGGAGGAGCAGAGAGGGGCUUGCUUUGGAGGUGGCCACUGGCUGCUCCGUUAGGGUUGCCAGGCUCAAUAGAGGACAGGACUUCUGUGCCUUUAAUUGCCCUGCUCUCUUUUGAGACUGGAAACCUUAAAGAGAAACCAGCAGACCAGGUUUCCAGACUCAAAAAGAGAGCAGAGCAAAUUAAA